CGCACAGCUCGUCUCGGCGCAUCAUGUCUCAGCAAAUCUACCAUGCGAUGCGUCACUCGCAGUCGUCUUUCGAAACUGGCCCCGGUUCCGACGACGACUUCUCGGACGACGAGUCGAUCGCUGACUCCUAUCUUGCUGGCAUGGCAUCGAUGGAGGCUGAUAUGGAUGCUUCCCACGAAGGUGAUGGUCUCCAUUACCAGCAGCCUUCGCAAGAUCUCAACCAAUUCGUGAUGCGCACCAUAUUAACGAAGGUGCGAAAGGACAUGCCCAUCCUCUACAACGUUAGCAACGUGGUGACUUCGGACGUCGUUGUCCGCUUUGGCGGUGGUCGUUAUGAGUUCCUCUCUGAGAAGGCCAUCCUCAGCGCAAAGUCUGGCUACUUCAAGCACGCAUUCUCGAGCAAAUUCCCUGUCGCUACCUCGGAUGUGAUCGACCUCGGCGAUGAAGACAACUCCAAGCACAUCUACGCCAUGCUCUGCUUCAUCCACGGGACCACAUACCGCAAGAUCCACCAGCGCAACACCCUGGGCCGUAACCUGGACUUCCACAUCGAUCUCUACCUCAUUGGAGAACAGUUCGACGUCCAAUCUCUCCGUUACGAAGCAGCUGAUUCAUUCUUCCAUGCGGCAAUCUUCCUCCAUGACACGGAUUACUUUCCUUUGGCUGUCCAGAGAAUUCUCGGACCCGACGCUCCCGUCUUUGCUGAUCAGUUCCUGGUCGAAGUCACUACCAAGGUCUGCAUCGAGCAUAUUGAGAAACUCGUCAAGAAUGAGCGCUUCACCGAGUUAGCCUAUGCUGGCGAACUCGCUGACGACGACAUGAUGAUCAAGCUGUUCCUUGCUCUGGGCCAGCGCGUCAGAGACAUGACUGGACUGGACCAUUGGAGAUCAAAGGAAGAUCGUCUUCUCAUGGCUCAGAAGGAGAUGCUGGCUGCCGAGGCCGCCAUGGGUCCUGGUCCAUGGGACAGAACGACUAUUGCUGGACAGAUCAUGGAAGCCAGAGCUCAGAACGCUGCCCACGCUGCGCUGACCCACACCGCUCUGCUCGUCCCUCAGCCUACCUGGGCUCCACCUCCUGCCCUGUUGGCUUCGCAGCCCCUGCUGCCGCCU